CCUCCUCCUCCUCUUCUUCCUCCUCUCUGUCCAGAACCAGAACUCUUUUCUCCUUCUUCUUCUUCUUCUUCUUCUUCUCCUCUCUCUGUCUUCUCUCCUCCAUCCUACAGACAGACAGACAGACAGACAGGUCUAACUCUUGGCCUUCAUCAUCACCAUCAUCAUCCUCGCCAGCUGACGGACAGGGAGCCCCCUGACCCUCACCCCGCCGGGUCACAAUGGCAACGGUCAUCUGCACUCGUUUCACCGAAGAGUAUCAGCUGUACGAAGAGCUGGGCAAGGGAGCGUUCUCGGUGGUGCGGCGCUGUGUGAAGGUGCUGUCGGGUCAAGAGUACGCCGCCAAGAUCAUCAACACCAAGAAACUCUCUGCCAGAGAUCAUCAGAAGUUGGACCGUGAAGCUCGAAUCUGUCGUUUACUGAAACACCCCAACAUCGUUCGGCUACAUGACAGCAUCUCAGAGGAGCUGCAUCAUUACCUCAUCUUUGACCUGGUCACAGGUGGAGAGUUAUUUGAAGAUAUUGUAGCCAGAGAAUAUUACAGUGAAGCUGAUGCCAGUCACUGUAUCCAACAGAUUUUAGAGGCGGUGCUUCACUGUCACCAGAUGGGCGUGGUCCAUCGAGACCUGAAGCCAGAGAAUCUUCUUCUGGCCUCGAAGUCGAAAGGAGCGGCGGUGAAACUGGCCGACUUCGGCCUCGCCAUCGAGGUGGAAGGAGACCAGCAGGCCUGGUUCGGCUUUGCAGGGACUCCAGGGUACCUGUCCCCAGAGGUGCUGAGGAAGGACCCGUAUGGCAAAGCAGUCGACCUCUGGGCCUGUGGUGUGAUCCUCUACAUCCUAUUGGUGGGUUAUCCUCCGUUCUGGGACGAGGAUCAGCAUCGUCUGUACCAGCAGAUCAAAGCUGGAGCUUAUGAUUUUCCGUCUCCUGAGUGGGACACGGUGACUCCUGAAGCCAAAGACCUCAUCAACAAGAUGCUGACCAUCAACCCGUCGAAGCGCAUCACAGCAGCCGAGGCGCUCAAACACCCCUGGAUCUCUCAUCGCUCCACGGUGGCGUCCUGUAUGCACAGACAGGAAACGGUCGAGUGUCUGAAGAAGUUCAACGCUAGAAGGAAACUCAAGGGAGCGAUCCUCACCACCAUGUUGGCGACCAGGAAUUUCUCGGGAGGAAAGAGUGGAAGCAACAAGAAGACCGACGGAGUCAAGGAAUCAUCUGAGAGCACAAACACCACCAUCGAAGACGAAGAUACCAGAGUGAGGAAGCAGGACAUCAUUAAAGUGACGGAGCAGCUCAUCGAGGCGAUCAGCAAUGGAGACUUUGAGAGCUACACUAAAAUGUGCGACCCGGCUGUGACGGCGUUCGAGCCCGAGGCGUUGGGGAAUCUGGUCGAAGGCCUCGACUUCCACCGCUUUUAUUUUGAAAACUUGUGGUCCAAGAACAGUAAACCGGUCCACACCACCAUCCUGAACCCUCACAUCCACCUGGUGGGGGACGAGGCCGCCUGCAUCGCCUACAUCAGAGUGACUCAGUACAUCGACGCCAACGGGACGCCUCGCACCGCCCAAUCAGAGGAGACCAGGGUGUGGCACCGCCGCGACGGGAAGUGGCAGAUCGUCCACUUCCACCGCUCAGGCUCCCCGUCCACGCUCAGCAAGUAAGACCAGCUAACUUCCAGAGUGGGCGGGGCUUUGAUGGGGCCACCGUCGCCUUGACAACUGAUUGAUUGACAGCAGGCCAGGCGUGUGACACCAGACAGGAAGUUUGAGAGGAGACGAGGGGCGGGGCCAGAGAGCAGUGAACUGCACAGCCAACGACCAAUCAGCACCAAUCCUCUCCUCCGCUCCUUUGGACGUCAGCCACGCCCCCUUGUGAUUAGCCAAUCAGCUGCAGCGAAUGUAAACGCGUGUAAAAACCUCGUAUCUCCAGGUUUAUGUUUCAUUUUAAGAAAAAAAAACAUGAAUUUAUAAUCAAUAAUGAAUAAAUAUGUAACGGCACUGAGAUAUUUAUCAGGUUUAUCAGAUUAUUACAUCGUCGUCUGAGUCAAUUCAGGGUUUUUUUAAGAGGUCAAACCACUUUAUUAUCAUAAAAUAAUAUAAUGUUUUAAUGUAUUAUAUUAAUUAAUCGAUCCGUGAUUCACUGGCAAUAACUUAAUGCAUUAAAAUCCAUUAAUAUAUUCAUUAAUAAUACAUUUAAUCACUAAUAAUAGUAAUUAAACCCCAUGAAAAGCACUUCCUAAUUAAUGAAUGAAUAAUUGAUGGAUUCUAAAUGGAUUAAGAGGUUUUUAAUUGUCAGAGUUUCACAAAUAGUAAAAACCUGUUGAGAUUUUUAUUCAUUAAAUAAUGUAUUGAUUACGACAGAAAAACAUAACUGGAGAUACGAGGUUUCUACCUGAAAGUAACAAUAACUUUAUAGAGUAAAAACACAUUUAUUAGUUCAUACAGAGUCGCACGGUUACUGAUUAUUAUUAUUAUUAUUAUUAUUAUUAUUAGACCCAUUAUCUCCUGAUCACAACCAGUUUCUUUAUUGGCUUACGAAUAUUUUUUUUAAAAGAAACAUCACAAAAAAAAAUAAUAAAUAAUAAACAGGAAAAUAAAACACAAAAUAAAGCAUUUCACAUUUUUACUUCCAGACAUUAAAUAAUAAUUUUAAGAUUUAUUUAUUUAAUUUGUAGUUAAUAACAUUUUGAAGUCAUUUCUUGUUUUAUUUUAUUUUUUAAAAAUUUCUGUUAAAUUAAUUUAACUACAAAUUAACUUAAUUAUUAUAAUUAAACUAAUUUGUUUUACGACGGAUAUUUAUUAUUUUUUUUAUUUUUAGCUUGUUUUGUCAAAUAACUGGUUUAAUAUCUUGUAAAAUAUCUCAUAAUGACAAAGUAAAUGGGAGAUAUUUGGGUCUAAACAUUGAUCAGAACCUGCUGCGUCUCUGAGUCAUUAAACAGAUUAAAAGUAAUAAUUAAACAUUAAUAUUAAUUGUAAUAAGCAGUUCAGGAAAUGAGGUUUGGAUGUUCAUCUCUCUGCUUCCAUCGGGCUCGGAGCGCUCCACAAGCUUCCACCGCUCUCCGACCUGCGAUCUUCCAUGAACAGCCACACCUCCGACCCCCCAGACCCCCGACCCCUGACCUCUGACCCCUCCCUGACCCCCGACAGGUGUCCUAACGAGGAGGGCCUUAACGAGGUACCUUAACGAGCUGUCUGUCUGCUUCGUCAGCAGAAGAAACUUUACAAAAUGUUUUAGAUUUACAAGAUCUGUGAGAGGAAGGAAGGAAGGAAGGAAGGAAGGAAGGAAGGAAGGAAGGAAGGAAACAUGAGGAGGAUACACGCUGCUCCCUGAUUGUGUUCUAGAACCAAAAUCCAAACUAAAGUUUCAUUAAAAAGUUUAAAAACAUCAAUAAUAAACUGAUUAAAGUACAGAAUCACAUCAUUUUAAAAAGUGAUGCUGACGGCCAAUCAGAAUCACCGACACGCUCGCCUGUCAUCUGUUGCCGGGACCAACCUGAAUACACUCAUCUGUACGGAGGCCCAGAGAGACAAAACUACUCACACAUGUUUACAUUCAUAUAAAAAUGACAGUUAUGUGAAAUUAAUAAUUUUACACAUAAUUUAAUUUUUCCUUUUUUCUCUUCUUUUUUUUUUUAGAUUUUACAGAGCAUACAUUUUACUUAUUUUACUUUUUAUUUUGUUUUAGAUUUUUUUUAAAUUUGACCUUCAGAUUUGGAUAUAAAAUGACACCAAAAACUAUUUUUUUCUCUUUUUUUUUUUAGAUUUGAGAGAAUACAUUUUUUUUGUUUUUUUACUUUAUGUUUUGCUUUAUAUUUUUUUUUAAUUCGAACUUCAGAUUUGGAUAUUAAAAUGAGAACAAAAACUAAAUCCCAAUUUAUCCUUGAACAAAAUCCUUUAAACAAAAGAAUAUAAAGAGUCAGAAAAUCAAUUUAAAUAUAUUAUUUAAUUCAAUUAUUGUGUUGGUGGUUUUCGUCUCCUCUGAGCCUCCGUACAUCAGGACACUCUGUCCGUGGUGUGAAACCUCAUAUCUCGUUUGUUCUUUUUCUUCUUGUAGGAGCUUUAACAAUUUAAUAAGGAUUUUCAAAAUAAAAGCUGCGUCUUGAGGGGAUUGUGAACCCGCCCGCUCGCCGCCGCUGCGCUCGGCUGCUGGAUUAAUUCUGCAGGAGAUUUGAGGUUUUCGUGGGGAAAACGUCAGCGUUCUUAAAAACGUUGUUUUUUCAAAUGGAGUUCUGAAUGGAGAGUUUGUAUUUCUUCCUCUUCAGUGUUUACUUUCUGUACAGACGAUGUGAUUUUUCUGCAUGCAGGACUUUGUGUUUUGUGUUCCCCGCUUUGGCCUCUUCUACGUUUUGGCGCUCGCGGCCGCCAAAUUUCAACCGGUGAUUUGACUCGGACUUGUUAGCUUUGCUAGCAUUCCUCACUGGGAGCGAUGGCGUCUGCUAGCCGCGAGCUAACAAAACGGCCGUCUUUGAUAUUCUGCGACUUUUGACCCGUUGUGUUCGUCUCCGAGGCUUCACGCUGCUUUUUAACCGUCGGGAGAAUGUAGAACUUUGUACAAUCAGAUUAUUAAACAUUCUUAUUAUUCUUACGAUUAUUCUCGAUAUGUGGCGUUUGUAUAUUUAAAGCUUUUUAAUGUUGGAUCGGACGUGCAGUGCUCGCCGUGUGUGAUCACCCCGUAGAGAACACAUCGUGUUUUAUUGGCUUUAUUCUUUUUCUCAGUAUGAAGUGCAUUAUAGAGUGUGACACCAGUUUCUCUUAGCAACCGCUGAAUGUGUUCGCCACAGCGCCGCUGCCCUUUAAGUUCCUCGACAUCUCGGCGCCAUUUGGCGUCCCGGCUCGGGGAACGCCAGAAAUAUCGGAAAUUAUCAACGGGCGUCCCGACCUGAAGACUAAACGUCAGAUUAUUACGAGUCUGUUGAGUCGAACGACCCGCCGCCACCAGACUCUGGUCAAAUUUUCACUGAUUUUCGAAGCGAUGACUUCCCGGCACGAUAUCUCGAUCUUUACGGCGGGAAAAAAAACUGUAUUUCUUGCAAUAAAUCAGCUCCAACAUGAACUCAUCCUUCAACAAAUGGAUUUAAAAUAUGAAUCUGGGUAUUAAAAGUGAUUAAAGGUUCUAGCUCUGAUCCCACAGUCGGGGCUCCGGAUGGCGCCAACAGAGUGAAUGUUUUCUAGUGUGUUUUCUAAAGCAAAAAAAAACAAACAAACUCCACUUUGACUUUUUAAGACACUUGAAAGUUUUAUUUAUUCGUGCUGGAAAUCUUUUGAGAGGAAAAAAAAAUCUGAGAUGUCAUUUUUUUACAAGUAUUUUUGGUGUUUUUGCUUGAAACUGAAGAAUUCAUCUUAAAGCAGAUUUCACUUGUUAUUCUAAACGAAACAGAAUGUUUUUUUCCUGUUUUUACCAGAUGUUCAGUGCUGCUGCGUAUUUAUCUCCAUGAACCCGAAGCAGACGGCUCGGAACGUUUCGUCUCUUUCAUUCGAAGCUAAAAAACAGUCGCAGGUUUCUGUUUGAAGCUUUUCUUAUCAUGUGACGGGAAGCAGCAGGACGAGCCACCCAGUUAGCAUCGUUAGCAUCACUUUAGCUGCUCCUGCUGGCCACAAGCUAACAUGUUUUCAACAAGCUAACGUGCUAAUUUGUGGCUAUGAGCAUGCAUUGGUUACAGUUAGGAAUGCUAAUAAUGCUAACAGUGCUAACAAGCUAUUUGAGCUUCUUCAGGACUGAUACUAAACCUUUACAUUUGAUUUUUAAGCUAUCAUUAUUUUAUUUUUUUAUCAUUAUUAUUUUGUAAACAAUGCAAUAACUUAUGUUGAUGAAUUUAUAACAUAAAAAAAAUUAACUUGCCGUUCAGGAGCGUGAACACCAAAAACAUUUCACACUAAAUUCCAUAAAUUUUGAAUGAAGUCUGGUUUGCUCGCAGCUGAAACUGCCCAAAAUAUUUUUACACUUAUAAACAUUUCUUUUCAACUCUUUUGUAUAGAUUAAAAAAAGUAAAACUUUCAAAUUAAUUCACAUAAAGUCAAAACAAAGAUUUUAAAGGUUUCGAGGGACCACCAACCAAACUCUGUACAAUUUUCUGCGUAUUUAAGAAAAACAUUUCAAACUGUAUUUAUUCAUUAAAUGAUUUAUAUAUAUUUAGUGUAUAUGUAAUCUCCCUUUAGUUUAAUGAUACACAUUCAAUUUAAAAUAUUAAAUUAAUCUCCUUAAAAUUUUAGGACUUUAGUCAAAUAAAUAUAUUUAUAUCAGCCUUAAAACUCAACACGUGUAAAAUGUGUGUAAAUAUAGAAAUACUCUUUAAACCUCCAAAUUUCACCCAAAAAAUAUGAAAAAUGCAAUUAUUUUAGUGUUCAGUUAUAUUUUGUAUAAACUCUCAGACAACUUUUCUUGAGCGUGGUUGAAAGAGCACACUAUUUACUAUCCACCGGGAUUAAUCCUAGAUUUUAUUCUUCCGUUUCUUCCGUGUAUUUUUUCGGGUCGACUACUCCUCCCAGAGUUUUGGUCGCACAAACACAAAAAAGUUAUUAAAUCGACCGGCUCGGCCAUGACAAGUGUGCUAUGACUUUUCUAAGGGUUUCACCAAAAAAUCCCCCCAAUGUUACCCUAUGGAGAGGCUAGAGUGGAUGACAUCAUCGCUAGAGUGUAGAGGGAGAGAAAAAAUUGUCAAAAAAUAAAUAAAUUUGGAAACUGCGCUCAAGGCCGCAAAUGCCACUCUACAGAAAUAAUUUAUACAUAGAAACGUAGUAAAAUGUGUCUUCUCCCUCACAUUGGUGUGGUAAAGCUGUCAGAGUUCUAGUUUGGGCGUACGACGCACAGAUGACCCACCAACACCACCAACAGCCUCAUAGACCUCCAUGGGUAAAAGGAGGGAAAAUAUGAGGAGGAAACAGAGCUAUCAGUUUCUUCUGAUCGCUCUAAAAAGACAAUUUCCUCUUUCCAAAUUGUAAUCUAAUAAUGAAUGGGUGAGAGUCACGGGCCAGAGGCAAGCACACUCAAAAUUUCUUUAGAAAUUUUCUAGUUCUUAUUCUUCCGUGUUUUUUUCGGUCGACUCCCAGAGUUUUGGUCGCACAUAGAUUAAAAACGUAUCAAAUCGACCGGCUCGGCCAUGACAAGUGUGCUAUGACUUUUCUAAGGGUUUCUACAAAAGGGCAGAAAAAGGCGGUAAAAUUUCUGGCGGAAAGCAGAGCUACCAGUUUCUUCUGAUCGCUCUAAAAAAUACAUUUCUUAAUUUUUCUUCACAAAACACAUAUGUAGACGUCCAGGAAGAACUGAGGAUGCUCAAAGUGAAGUCGGAUCACUGAUAGGAGCUACGGUUUGGACAAAAACGCUUUCUGUUCGAGGGGAACUUUCAGCUGUUGAUUUCAGUUGAUUGCUCUGCUCUGAUAGGUGGACGCCACCUGGCCCUGGUUGCUUGGCAACCAAAGUCUGCCCCCCUCCCCCUCCCCCCCCCCUCCCAGGCCAGAGUCAAGCACACUCAAAAUUUCUUUAGAGAUUUUCUAGUUUUACUUUAAGUUUAAAGUUAAAUAUUUAGUCUCAGAAAUAUAUAUCAGCACCUAAAACCAAACAUAUGUACUAUGUGCUUAAAUAUAUAUAAAAAAUAUAUAUCUUUACGUCUUUAAACCUCCAAAUUUCCCAGAAAUACGACUCGUGGAUGUAAACUCAGGUACCAACCAAACUCUGUACGAUUUUCUGAGUAUUCAAGAAAACUGAUAUUUAUUUAGUUUCAUUAUUUUUAGCGGAGAAAGAAAACAAUAAAUAUUAUAUUUUAAGAUAAAUUUAAGAUAUUUAGUCUAAAAAAAUAUGAUAAUCUGCCUUAAACAUGUUUAAUAAAUGAGUAAUAACAGAAUGUAAACUUCUCAGGUACCAACCAAAUUCUGUACAAUUUUUAGGGUAUUUAAAGAAACCACUAUUAUAUUUGAUCUCCCUGCAGAAUAUACAGAAUAUAAAUGCUGUUUUAAAUCUCUACAAUUCCUCAUAUUCACAAUUAAGAUUCCAAAAAAGUUGGAAAAUGCUGCAACAAACCUGAAUAAAAACAGAAUUCAUUAAAAUUCAGAAUGAGUGUAUAUAUUUAGAUUCCCAGUUUAAACAUCAGAUAUCUUGUCUUUGUAUUAAAGGAUUUACAAAUUAUUACGUUCUGUUUUUAUCACGUUUUUCACAGCGAACCAACCUUUUUGGAAUCAUGGUUGUAAUAUAAAUUUAGUUUAUAUUAACUUUCUUAUUUUUUUCACAUAAAAAUGUCAACAUUUACGAUUUUUAGUGUAAAAGAAUAUGAUAAUCUGCCUUAAAAAUGUUUAAUAAAAGAGUAAUAACAGAAUGUAAAGUUCUCAGGUACCAACCAAACCCUGGUCAAGUUUUAGGGUAUUUAAAGACGCAGCAACGUUUCAUCAAAUAGUCAAAUUAAAUAUCAAAUAUCAAUAUUAAAGGUUUGUAUCAGUCUGAAGCUCUCUGUGUUUAUUGAUUUUUGUUUUCACAAACCGAAAUGGAAAUACAUUAUUUAUAAAUAGAAUAAAGAAAAUACUUUAAAAAUUUACAUUUCUGUCUGUGAAAAUUAAAAAAAAUCAAAGGUCAAAGGUCACGCGGCGUCCCGGCUGCUUCCUGUCCGCCACGUUCACGCUCCGCAGAAUCAAUAAUCAAUAAUCAGCGAUCAAUAAUCAGCUCCACUCGGCUUUUUCUACUAUGAUGGAUAUUGUACUGUACUGUAGUUACUGGACUCCAAUGCUGCAUGCUCAGUGUGUAACUGUGUGUGUGUGU